AUGGACAGUAUUCUCGGUUCUGUAGGCCGGGUUGCUAAUGUCAAAGUUCGCAACGACGAUGAUCUGGUAGACCGCCUCAACCAUCUGUACACUACCGGCAUACUCAUCAUCUUCACCGUGGUCGUCAGCGCCAGACAGUACGUCGGCGACCCCAUAAGAUGCUGGUGCCCAGCCGAAUUUCCGGGUACGCACGUGGAUUAUGCAAACAACAUAUGCUGGAUCUCGAACACUUACUACAUCCAUAUAGAGGACCCCAUUCCCUACAACAUCCGGGACCGCGAAGGGAAGGAACUCAACUACUACCAGUGGGUUCCCGUGAUGCUCCUCGUCCAGUCCCUCAUGUUUUACCUCCCUUGCAUAAUAUGGCGCCUUCUGAACGGACAGUCCGGUAUUAACGUGGACAGGAUAGUGUCACUAGGUAGCGACGCGCAAUAUGAGAGUCCAGAGAACAGAGUGAGGACUAUAAAAUACGUAGUAAGGCAUUUGGACCGUUGCCUUGACAACCAAAGAGAGAGUCGAUCAACGUGCUGUGUAUCCUUACGUCACUUCCUGUCUGCCAAAUUAUCGAUUCUUUGCGGCAAACGUUACGGAAAUUUCCUAGUUGGAGUGUACUUCAUAGUGAAAAUUUUGUACAUUACGAACGCUAUAGGACAGCUGUUCUUGCUCAAUGAAUUCUUGGGCCAGGACUACAACUUGUUUGGCUUUCAGGUGCUCGAUGACCUAAUUAACGGCAAAGACGACUGGACGGCCAGUCACAGGUUCCCGAGGGUGACCCUUUGUGAUUUCCAAAUACGCCAGUUCAACAACAUCCAUCGAUACACCGUGCAAUGCGUGCUUCCUAUCAACCUGUUCUCAGAAAAGAUAUACAUUUUUCUUUGGUUUUGGUUCGUGUUCUGUUCAGUCCUGACUUGCUACAGCCUCGCAAACUGGGUGUGGCACACCGUCUUUCCAACUGCCCGGAUGCAAUACGUCCGCAGGUUACUCCGCGUUAUGGGGAGCAUAAGCACCGGACCGGAGAAAAAACUGGCCAACAGAUUCACAAUGGAAUAUUUAAGACACGAUGGCGUGUUCACGUUAAGACUAGUUGGCAAAAACUCCAGUGAUAUUGUGGUGGCCGAGAUUUUGGCGGGCCUUUGGGACAUGUAUAGGACUAAGAAGGCGGCACAGAUACGGAAUAAUACCCAAGAGGUAGAGUUCGAAGGGGAGGACGUAUGACUAUAGAAGGACGCCUAGAAAUUUAAUUUAUAAAAAUGAGCCUCGGUGGGGAGAAAGUAGUCUUAUUGAAUAUGUGUAAAGUGCCGUCCCUAUUUAGCCUGUGCAGUCCGCACAGGCUUAAAAGGCACGACACUUUCCGACUAAACUUGAUUCUCGCCAAAAAGAUCUUCAUUAAAAAAUAAAACCAAAGAAAGCCUUAGGUGUCGUCCCAAAAUAGCAUUUCUGGACUUUAUACGCUUAUCUCGGACGACACUUUAGGCCCAAUUCAUUAAGACCCGUUUUCCCAGAACAAGGAUCGCAGUCGUUUUAUUAAGUCCAUAUUCAUCAGAUAUAUUUAUAUAUUUGAUACAAUAUUGUGCCCUUUAUUUCCCUUGAUCGUUUAAUAUAAGGUAAGUUUGUUCGUAUGCGACAAUAUGUUACGAUAUACCAUGUCAAUGUAUGAGUCAAAUGUUUAUGUGUAUUUCAUUCCAUGUAUUAUUUACGACUUUGUUCGUUUGAAUUCCCUCCCAAAAUAAAAUACAAUUUCGUUAUACGAACCCAGGUAAGUCCUGUUGUUUGGUUGAUCAUUUGUAAGAUAGUUAUGCUACCCUUAUCAUAUUUAUUUACGUGUGUUGCAAGUAUGUAAUUUGUGUAUCAAAUGGAUUUCUACUGAAUGAUAUAGAUAACUUUUCAGUAUUCAUUUACGUUUGAUUAUGUUUUGGUUUUUAUCACAUAUGUUUGGUCCUUGUUUUAAGACGUAACGUCAAGAAGUCAGUCCACCCGGAAAAUUGCGCAUGUGAGGUACAUGUUUUCGUAAUAGAAAUUUUCAUUUUUUAACAUAGCGUCAUGAUAAGGUGUCCAUACGCAAUUGUUCCCGCAGCAUGAAUUUUAUACAUUUGCGCACAUAUUGACAGUAGCAAAGAUACAAUUCAAGUAACAGAAUAUCUACACACAUCAAUAUUCGAAUGUGUGAACAUGUCAACGAAUGCUCGUUAACAACUAACUCAAGCUGUUGAAUCAUAUUCAAACUAUUGUUUUAUGUAAUGCUAAUGUAUUUUCGUUGUAAAUGCAGUUUGAUUAUCAGGCACGUACCCAGGCACUGGGCCCAGGGGCCCGCCCCCCCCCCCCCCCAGCUGGCUGUCGAGUUAUGAUUUUUUAAUGAUGGGCCUACUGCAAAUUUUCUCACAUUAUAGGGCCCACAGUACACUUUCCUGCAAUACAAAUGUGCAGAUGUGUAUUAUUGCCCCUGAUACACAAGGGGAUUAGCGCUAAUUUACUCGCCAGUGGAGAUAAGCCCCUAGGCAUUGUUUUCUUAUCACCUUGUACACACAUCCCCGAUCUGUCAAUUACCCAUUGUGAUCAAUGCCCCAUCUUUUGAUGGUGGGUGUAACACGUCUUUUGAUUAGACAAGGAAAGAGAAACAGCGAAUGAAUGGAACUGAUACAGAAGGUCGUAGGUCUGAACGAUAAUAGUGUUUUCUCUUUUGAAUUCAAACCUCCUCUAGAGUCAAAGCUUAUUAAACAUUUCUGUGAAAACUUGUCUUGUAGUUACUGACAUAUAACCAUAGUAGUAUUUUCUCUUUGAAAUCAAACCUCCUCUUCAGUCAUACUUUAUGUUACAUUUCAUAAUAAAGGUUUUUUAGUUUCAAAGGUUGCUUUUACUUCUUUAUAAAGUGUAACACAUUUCUGAAAUCUAAAGCUUUAAACAUGUGUGUGAAUUUCACACCAAGGGGUCGUUGAUAAAGCAUGUCGCGCUUUUUUUACCAUUUUUACCCCGGCAUGUCACAAACUGUUACAAAAUCUUGGACCCCCUUCCCUAAAGUACGUCACAAACUAACACUUUUGAACAUUUUUUUAAAAUUAAUACUUAAUUUAAUUUAAACCUAAAACUCAAUUCACUAUUAAACCGUUUUAAAAUUUCACUUACCGGUAAAAGAACUUUCACAUUACAGGCUUGUAUAACUGUAGGGUUGUUACGAUGAGCAGUAUGAAUAUUUAUCCACUAGUUAACCUCUAAUAAAAACGAAAUUAUAAUUUAGAUUUUCUUUCAACCCUUUACUAACUAAAAAUGGAACAGUCCAAUUUUUUCGUCAUUGAAAUCUGUGUGGAGGUUGUGUCUAUUGAAUAAGCCGGCCCAGCCAAGUUGCCUAUUAAACAUUCGAAGAACAGAAUCAGGAGAUACGCAAUUCGUCUUAUUUUCACAUAAAACUAAUUCAAGUGUUUCACAAAUUUUUGAAAAUUAAUUUUAAAUUCUACUUAAGAAAUAAUAAAUAAAUUAUACAAUUUUUUUAAAUAAAUGUGUGACAUCACACAUGGCCCGACUCCCCUCCCCCAUGUCACAAACUGUCACUUUCUUACUCACCCUCCCCCACCUGGAGCGUGACAUACUUUAUGGACGGCCCGUAAUGGUUAAAGCUUUAGACUUCAGAAAGGUGCUGAUUUACUUGUUAUAUAUCCAUAAAUUUAUAACACAACAUAUGUUUCUAUAUGCCUUCAAAUUCACCUUGAACAGUGCCUAAUAAAAAAAAUCUAUUCGGGAGGGGCAACCCCUCCCGCACACUCCCCGUUUGGGCCCCCCAGUCAACAUUUCCUGGGUACGGCCCUGAUUAUAUAACAUAAUAUAUCAAGACGUUAUCACACGUCAUGUGUUGAAUUUACGCCGAGCUGUUAAAUUUUGGCGUCGUUUUGACGUCGUUUUCAUGUUACAAAGUGUAGUCGGACUUUUUGACGUUACGUCUAAACAUUUUAGAGAGCGUUGCCAAACAUUUCGUUUAUUAUGCAAAUGCCCUCAUAUCACUCAAUUUCUUUGUCAUACUUGUCAUUGAAUAUUUAAUAAAUUUUAGCCAAAAAUGCACUUUUGAGAAUUCAGUAUAAUUCUCUAUUUUUAAGUAGAAAUACAUUGUAUGCACAUAUUAUGUUAUUUAUUUUAAGUUUAUCUUACAAAUGUUACUUCUUAUAAAUGAUUCCAAAAUGUGCAAGCAAAUUUUUCGGUCACGUCUAAUCGAAAGUGACUUGUGCACUGUUACCAAAAAUACGAUUGAAAAAUGUCAUAGAUGCAUUAAGGAAUGUGUACAUUAUAUGCGCACUAGUGAAAUAACACUGACAAAUAAGACAGAAAAUAACAUAAAUAUUGGUUGAUUUAUGAAUAAUCAUCAUUCCAAAUCGGUUAAGAAAUAAUGGGUUAGUAACGCUUUUCAUUGA